AGAGCUGAGACGGGUGCUGUAGCUGGUGGGAGGAAGUCCUGGAGGCCAUGGACAGUCAACCACUGGAAUCAUCGAGGUAGGGCAGGGCUGAGCAGGGUAAAUGCGGCCGGGGGGCCGGGGUGAGCCACUAGACACACUCAGACAGACACACAGACACGCGGAGGUCGCUGCUCAGCUCCACCUGGGAGGGAUUUGGGCUCUCCCUCUUCUGGAGCCCUCGCCCAGGGCCCUUUGCCCAUCUGCGCCUUCUCCCACCCCCCCUUCCCUCUUCCCCACUGCGUUCCUCAUCCUGCUUUCUCCCAUCCAGGAUUCCCUCUCUCCUAGCACCUCCAUCCCCCGUACACACGUGGUUGGUUACCUUUUUGGCCUCUCUGAGAUCCUGCUGCCCCAGCCCAGCCCUCACCUCGUUGAGCUCUCACUGCCUCCCAGUCCUGAUCUCUGAGCAUCUCUUUGUCCUGUGGCCUCCACCCCAGCCUCCUGUUCCUGCAGCCUCCCAGCUUCUCUCAGCCUCCUCUCCUGUCCCGCCACCCUGUCUCCAUCUUCUGGCUCCUCGCCCACCCCCAGCCUCUGGCAGCAGUCAGGGCAUCUGGAUCUGCUUAACUCCGCAGCCUCAGCCUGCACCCUAGCCCCAUCCGGCCUCACAGGCUCAAGACCAGCAAGAUUCCAGAGUCAGGCCCAGAUGAGCGGCGCAGAGCAAGGAGCCAGGCCCAGGCGAGAAGAGGCUUGGCAGCCAGAGCAGGAUGAGCAGCAGCUGCUCAGGGCUGAGCAGGGUCCUGGUGGCCGUGGCUACAGCCCUGGUGUCUGCCUCCUGUCCCUGCCCCCAGGCCUGGGGCCCCCCAGGGGUCCAGUAUGGGCAGCCUGGCAGGGCCAUGACGCUGUGUUGCCCUGGAGUGACUGCUGGGGCCCCGGUGUCCUGGUUUCGGGACGGGGAGACAAGGCUGCUCCAGGGACCUGACUCUGAUCUAGGGCACGAACUGGUCCUGGCCCGGGCAGAAAGCACUGACGAGGGCACCUAUGUCUGCCGGACCCUGGAUGGUGCACUUGGGGGCAUGGUGACCCUGCAGCUGGGCUACCCCCCAGUCCGCCCUGUUGUCUCCUGCCAAGCAGCUGACUAUGAGAACUUCUCCUGCACUUGGAGUCCCAGCCAGGUUAGCGGUUUACCCACCCGCUACCUCACCUCCUACAGGAAGAAGACGGUACCAGGAGCCGAUGGCCAAAGGAUGAGUCCAUCCACAGGGCCCUGGCCAUGCCCACAGGACCCCCCAGGGGCUGCCCGCUGUGUGGUCCAUGGGGCAGAGUUCUGGAGCCAGUACCGGAUCAAUGUGACUGAAGUGAACCCCCUGGGGGCCAGCACACGCCUGCUGGAUGUGAGCUUGCAGAGCAUCUUGCGCCCUGACCCACCCCAGGGGCUGCGGGUAGAGUCGGUACCUGGCUAUCCUCGCCGCCUGCGUGCCAGCUGGACGUACCCUGCCUCCUGGCCCCGCCAGCCCCACUUCCUGCUCAAGUUCCGGCUGCAGUACCGUCCAGCACAGCAUCCAGCCUGGUCCAUGGUGGAACCGGCUGGAUUGGAGGAGGUGAUCACGGACGCUGUGGCUGGGCUGCCCCAUGCCGUGCGGGUCAGUGCCCGGGACUUUCUGGACGCAGGCACCUGGAGCGCCUGGAGCCCCGAGGCCUGGGGUACUCCGAGCACCGGACCCCUACCGAAGGAGAUACCAGCUGGGGGCCAGCAACACGCGCAGCCAGAGGAAGAACCUCAGGCGGUUAGCCCUGCUCCCCCAAGACCGUCCCUCCUACCGGACCCGCGGCCACUUGACCACAGAGACGCCCUGGAGCAGGUGGCUAUGCUGGCAUCUUUGGGAAUAUUCUCUUUCCUGGGACUGGUGGCUGGGGCCCUGGCACUGGGGCUCUGGCUGAGGUUGAGACCACGUGAGAAGGAUGGACCCCAAAAGUCUGGGUUCUUGGCCCCGAUGAUUCCGGUGGACAAGCUUCCAGGAGUCCCAAACCUGUAGAGGAUCUUGGAAGGCUUCAGCUGAUUCCACCUAUAACUCUGUCUUGCUGGUGUGGAUGGACAGACAGGUGGAACCCAGGCAGGACAGUAGAUCCCCACGGAGUGGGGUUCUCAGCUGGAAAUUCUGUUUGGAGCUCAUUUCUAUGAGACUCUGUGUUCCCAACUUGCCAGCUGAAAGGUGCCUGGACCUCUGGCUUCAUCUCAGAGUUGGCAGUCCACCUGAGGAAUGUGUGUAGAUGUGUAUGUCUGUGUCCAUGUGUGUCCACGUGUAUGUGAGGCAGGGAACAUGUGUUCUCUGCAUGUAUGUAUAUAGGUACCUGGGGAGUGUGUGUGGGUCCUUGGCUCUCGGCCUUGCCCCUGGCGGGGGUUGUGAAGGUGUGAAUAAAGAGAAUGAGGAGGUU